AUGUCUUCAAAGCCAAGCUCAGACAUCGCACCCUCGGCUCCCAACACUGGCGGCGCUGGUAUAUAUGGCACUUUUGGCCCCUCUGGCUCAUCUGGGUCUUCUGGCUCAUCUGGGUCUUCUGGGUCAUCUGGGUCAUCUGGGUCUUCUGGGUCUGCUGGUUCCUCGGGGACGGGACCUGCCCCUUCCAUACUGCAUAUCCCCUCGAUCCUGAGACGGUCAAACGCCGCCAAGGGGUCGGAGGAAGUGGACGUGGAGGUGGUGUUCGUUGAUCCGGUAGAACUGGACGUCGUAUUACUGGAGCUGGUCGUGGUUGACGAGGUGGUAUUGUUGUUCGAGGAAGAACUACCUUGUGAAGUGGAAGAUGUGAUGGUGUCGGAGGUAGAGGUGUUUGAGGAGGACAUGUUGGCGGUUUUGUCUCCACUUUGA